AUGUGUUUUCGGAUGAGUUCAUUUCAUGUGCUCGGUGCGGUUUUUGUCGUGCCGUUCCACGCUGCUGCAUUCCGUGAGGUCGCCAAGAACCUUGAGCACAGUGGGGAUUGGGACACCGCAGAUCUUUGCGGAGGCGAGUUGAAUCUUUACAUUGCAGAGAAGCCUAAGUCGGGUGGAUCAGGCACGCAGAAGGAGAGGAGAAACAUGCCUAACGGCAUCAUGUUCGUGCACUAUGCAUGCUAUGUGAAAGCCGGCAUGUGGCAUCCCCAGUACUUCGUGCGAUCCCAGCGAUACUCUGUGGCCUGUGCCACAGGGAUCCUUACGGAGUCCACGAUUUACACGAAGCUCAAGGAGGACGACAUCAAGCAGUACGAGCUCUCGUCUUGCGUGGCUGAAGAGGACUAUCAAGACCUGGAUGAGAAGAAGAGAGAGAUCCCGCUGCUCAAGGACAUGAAGAACACGAGUGAUAUCGUCGAUUUUCUCGUCGAUGACGCCUUCGACACCAUGACAAAUGCCGACAUCGACUCCCUCUUUCAUGAGGGGGGCCUCCUCGUUGUCAACCUUCUCGGUGGCGCCGUCAUGAGAGUCUCCAGUCACCAUGGCAAACUCUGGAAGAGUCCCGCCGUCCCGGUCAGCAGGUAUACUUUCGCCGUGGCUGCCAAGAAAUGA